AUGCUUUGGUUGCCAUGUAUGGUUCUUGGUGUAUUCGUUGUUUUCACCUAUAUUUGGAUGCGUCGCUACUUUUGCUCUGUGCAUUCAGGUAAAUUUCGUACAAUGGUUAUUCUUGGAUCCGGUGGGCAUACGGCAGAAAUGCUGCCUCUAGUAAAUACCCUUACUGACAAGUACACGCCUCGCAUCUAUGUGGUUGCUGCAACGGAUAAAUUGAGCGAGGAGAAGGUACGGUCACUUUGCGAAGAAAAGGGAGAACAAUGUCUGCUGGAGCGUGUUCCAAGGGCACGUGAAGUCAAGCAAUCUCCAUUCACCAGCAUUUUCAGCACACUGCAUGAAGCCAUUUUGUCCCUACCUAUAGUCUUUCGUCACCGUCCAGAUUUGAUUCUAUGCAAUGGCCCAGGGACCUGCAUCCCCAUUUGCUUCGUGGCCUUCUUCCUCCGAGUGAUUUUCAUGCGUCCUCUGCUGAUUGUCUACAUUGAGAGCAUUUGCCGAACGCAAACCUUAUCAGUUUCUGGCCAGCUGCUCUACUACGCCCGGUUCGCAGAUGUUAUUGUUCAAUGGCAAGAUCUCAAUGCCCGUUAUCCACGGACCAAAUAUCUGGGACUGCUUUCUUGACUGUGAUGACGUUUCUAUUAUUCGAGUUCGUGAUACCGAAGCGAGCUUAUGAUUCUGCUGCGCUAUAUUUCUUUCAAGAGGAC